AUGGAUGCCUUCUCCGAAUGCAACCAAAUACUCAUGCACCAUGAAGAUCAAGAGAAGACGUCGUUCGUCACUAACCGUGGUAUCUACUGCUACAACGUUAUGCCAUUCGGAUUGAAAAACGCCGACGCCACUUACCAGCGUCUUGUCAACGCCAUGUUCAAAGAUCAACUAGGGGACACCAUGGAUGUGUACAUUGAUGAUAUGUUGGUGACGUCCAAGGCUGCUUGUGACCACGUCUCACACCUGCAACAAGCGUUCAACGUUAUACGAAGAUGUAUCCUCGAAUUUUUGAGGAGCCGGACUAGGUAUAGUACCAAAGUUGCCAAAAGGGACACUGUAGCCCGAGCUAUUAGGUGUGAUUCCAAGGCUACAAACAACGAAGCGGAAUAUGAAGCAUUAUUAGCUAGAUUGACACUGGCUCAAGAUUUGAAAGCCACUGACGUUGAAGCAUACAACGAGUCAUUGUUAAUAGUUAGCCAAAUUGAAGAACUCACCGCCAAAGACUCCAAAAUGAUGGUGUAUCUUGAAGCAGUCCAAUCAGAGGUACGUGACAAAGAAGCCAUCUCUUUUAGAUGGAGAAAUAUAAUGCGAAGGUUUGGUGUCCCGUUAGAGAAGUCUGCGACAACGGGUCUAAGUUCAUCCGUGAGCCCACACGGAGUUUCAAAGCAAAAUGGAAUAUACAAUUAA